AUGCUGGAAAUAGCUGAAUCUGGGAAGGGGAGGACGACUUCUCCGCGUAGCAAACUUGCCGACCCCAAAACCGGAGGCGUCCUCCAUUCAAAGUCUGUUUCUCAAACGGGCGAUCAGAAGAUUUCCCUCACUACCGUACCACUGGAGACAGCAACAAAACCGCCAUCGUGCGACCGAACCCCAAACAUGCGGUCGUCGAUAGCCUGCGUCCGGUGUCGUCGCUCAAAAGUGAAAUGUGUCAACACUGGCCCAAACACCACAUGUCGUGCUUGCGAAGCCAGCAAUAGGGAAUGUACCUACCCUCCGCCGGUUGUCAGCGGUGCGCCUCGCGUCUCGUCUGGCACGGCGGCCGUCAGGACUAGCAACAGCGGCUCCAGUAGAGACAUUGCGCCUGGUGGUGGCGGUGGAGGAGCCGCAGCGCAGCACCACGGGACGCCCGGCGAUCGCGCAGAGGCCCCGAAAAAGCCAAAGCCGAAGAAGCCUGCUCCUGCCGGCAACGUGGCGCCAGGACCGGCGAGCUACCAGGGUGCGAAGGCGUUCAAGGACGCUCUGGACGCGCCAAUCCUGACCUCUACGACGUGGACCCAAGUUUUUGAGGCGUUCCAAUUGCACCACUCACCCACGCUGCCGUUCCUGCACCCGCCGAGCUUUUUGUCGCGUCUCCGCGUUGCGACAGCGGGAUCAACUACCACUAACGGCAGUGGCUCGACACCACCGGCGCCCGAAAAGCCUCAUUCACCACUGGUAUUGUUGGGCCUAUUGACUUUGGCUGCUAGGCACGUUCCGGCACUUGUUGCGUACCAUGCGCCAGCGCUGACGACGCCGUCGGCGGUUUCGGACUUUUAUGCGUCGGCGUUGAAGUACAGGCUCCACAACGAUGACGACACGAGUCUCAACGCGCCGGGCGAAAAACGGGGCGCAUUUGCGACGCCGACACUGGAGAAGGCUCAGGCGAUCCUCAUGUUGGCUGUGCAUGAGUGGGGAAUGUGUCGAGGAUCUGAGGCUUACGUGUGGCUUGGAAUCGCCAUUAGGAUGGGAGGAGUCUUGGGACUUAGUUGGGAUGACGUUCACGAAGAUGAGCAGACGUGGGCGAACCCAUUCAUCACGCUCUCAUUGGCUGGGGGCAAGAACAGACGCGAAGCAAGCCCUUCCUCAAAGAGGAGAAAGUUGGACAACCAUGCCAGGCCUUCUAGUGGUGGAAGUGGCACAGGAAGCAGCAACAACAACAACAAUCAUGACAGUAAGGCUUCCGGCAAGGACUUUAUCGAGAAGGAGGUUAGGAGACGGACGUUUUGGGCGCUUUUCAUGCUUGAUCGGUCUUUGAGCUCUGGCCGGUUCAGGCCGAGCGGAAUCUCGCUCGCCGAAGCGUCGAGAGUGCAAUUGCCCUGUGAGGAGAGAGGGUUUCUUUUUGGUGAGGGUGUGAGGACUGGGUACUUGUCGGUUGACGGAUAUGACAAGACAGAGGAGAGGAAUGGUGGGGACAGUAAGCGGUGGGAAGUUGGUGAAGAUGAAGGUAUUUUGGCUAGGGUUGUCAGGAUCACAGAGAUUUGGGGAAGGGUGCAGGAUUGGGCCUGUGCUGGCGGAAGAAGACAGGAAAAGUACCCUCCAUGGUCGCCCCAUUCUAAAUUCUACCGACUGUCACAGCUGCUUGAUGGAUUCCAUUCGUCUCUUCCAAGGCAUCUACACUUUUCCCCGCAAACACUUUCUGCUCACAUGUCUUCGCGUACAUCAAGUGCAUAUGCAGUUAUGCACAUCACUUACUUCCUCUGCCUCGUCAUCAUGCAUCGGGAAUACAUCCCCUUCCUACCGCUCCGUAUCAACCGUCCACAAGGUCCUCUCGAUCCACCAAUAUUCCCUGCGGAUGACCCCGAGACCGAUAGAGAAGGCCUUGAACCCGGGACCACGGUCUUGGAUUGGUGGGAGGAGUCGGCAAAGGAAAUAUUUAGAUGUGCUCGCGGUAUCAUGCAGAUUGUGAACGGUCUUGAAGAAUGGAGCAGCUCCGUCGAGACUCCUGCCGUUGGAUUCGCAGUCUAUAUGGUUGGUGUCUCGGGCGUCUAUGCCUGGAGCUUCCCGUGGAUGGACCAAUCAGGAUACAUUACCGGCAGCAUUCCGCAUGAAGCCAGCGCCUCGGGCGACGACGAAGAUGAAGAUAUGGAGGGAAGCCAUGAAGGGAUGUGGCGCAUGGCCGAAGGCUGGUUCCUCACUUUGGGCCGCAUGCGGAAGUACUUCCAAAAUGUCCGCAGCGAGUAUGUCCGCCUGCACGGCGACGGCGCCAACAGCGACGACGGCGCGCCGGAGAAGCCUGAAGCCGCGGUCGCCCGCAGACUCAAAGACGGUCUCGGUGGCGGCUACGAAGAGUACAAACGCUUUGAGCAGCUCUUCCAUGACUUUACGGGUAUAUCCGACAGCGAGAACGCCACCGCCCGCGACUCAUUCAACACACCACCCCCACACGCGCCCCAAAAGCGCUCCGCACCCGACACCGCCAACCACGACCCUGAAAUCAAGCGCGAAAGCAGCACCGGCACCGUGACCAAGCGCGAAGGCGACGUUGAAGCUCUUCUUCUCGCCGCCGGAGGCGCCAGCGCCCCCGGCGGCGACCGCUGGAUGGCUGUCAACACAUCGCGCCAGCAGCAGGAGCAACAGGCUGCCGCUGCCGCCGCAGCAGCAGGGACACCAGCAUCACGCCCCCAGCAGCCCACAUCGUCGCCCAACCGCCGACCAGAGCAGGCGCCAGCGCAGCCAGGUGCACAGUCAGAAGGGUAUCUGACAAGCCUAGCUAGCUAUGCGGCAGACCAGCAGCCAAUGCCGGCGCCGGCGCCAGCACCAGCGCAGACCCCAAAGGAGGGCACUGAGCGCAAGCGCAUGAUGGAGCACGAGCAGCUGCAGAGGGAGCUUGAUAAGGGCGAGCGAUGUGGUGGCGGGGCGGAGGAUCUGGCGGUCUUUGUGAAUGGGAGGGGGAUAGAGGAUUGGGAUGAGGGCAGCUGGAUGGGGCGUAUUUGGGAGAAAUAG